CCGUCGAGGAGGGCUGCAACAAAUUUGCGCGCGAUAAGACGGGCGGCAAAACGCGAAUGUGCGUGAAAGGCAGACUUGUUGAAGAAGGCAAAAAAAGGGAAAAAUCAACCGGGACGCGACGUUCUGAAAUUGUGAAAUUUUAUACAAUCGACAUUAAAGCGGCGUUGUUAAAACCGUUUCUGAAACGAGGGAGAUGAUCUGGACCGUUGUCAGUGAUGCUGCGCAGACACUGUGAUACUUUAUAAAAAUAAAUAACACGAUUUAUCGUGAAUAUUGAAGUGUAAUCGUGUGUGAAGAAAAAGAAAACAACUUGGCGGGCUACUUGUAAAGAUAGUGCAAUAAAUUAUCAUUGACAUUAUAAUCACCAUCGCGUUUUUCGGGGAAUAAAUUAUAACUCAACGGUCUCCGUCGAUAUUCGUGGUGUGACGAGUAUCCUCCCUUCGGUUUCUCUUUCUCGCCUCCAGGAAUAUAACCGGGAUUACGAAUUUUCAAAAUGGGGUGUGGCUCGCGAUGCGCAAAGUACUUUUUGUGCUUUUUCAAUUUCAUAUUCUUCGUCGCCGGUGGAGCGGCUCUGGCAGUUGGAAUAUGGUUGGUAGCUGACAGAAAUUCCUUCACAAAUCUGAUCGCCAAGGUUGACCAGGCAGACGUUUUGAACAAAACUGACGCCGAGGUCAUCAGAUUAAUCGCCUAUAUUCUGAUAGCGGCUGGGGCGCUAACAUUUGUUGUCAGUUUUCUCGGAUAUUGCGGAGCUAUGUUCGAAUCUCGAUGCCUCUUAUGCUUCUACGGAGUUCUCUUGGUCCUGAUUUUGGUACUCCAAUGUAUAGCGGUUGGAUUGGCGUUCGGAUUCAGAGAAGACGCCGAGAAUGAAACUCGGAAUUUCUUCAAGUCUACAAUCAAGUUUUACGCGUCCUCAGACAAAGCUGAAACGGUCACGGUCGUGUGGGACGGAAUUAUGACUCAGCUCCAUUGCUGCGGAGUUGAAAGUUACCUCGACUUUCGUCAAAGCACAAAUUGGACAUCGGCUGGAAAAUUGGUACCCGAAGCUUGUUGCAUGAGAGAGGACGGACACAUCACAGAUCUGGAUUGUCCAGUUAGCCCAACCGCUCAAAAUUCAUACUACCAAACAGGCUGCUACGGAGCGAUGGUUCGAGUUAUCGAGGAAAAUGCAGCGAUAGCAAUUGGUGUCGCAGUUGCACUAGCAUUCGUCGAACUGUUGGUCAUCAUCCUUGCUUUGUAUCUCGCCUGCUGUUACUGGCGUCCACAACAUGCUUGUGUAGAUGUUUCGCCAAGACAGGCCUGGUGAUGAGGUGAUUACGGUGUGGUGGAGUGAUCGUGAAGUGGGAUAAUGGGAAUAGUUUGGUUCCAAGUAAGAAUGAUGCGAAGGUGUCAAUUGGCAGUUGACCUCUCUUCGUCGGCAGCCUGUUAACACGGUUCUAUUGUUACCUAGAGCAUUUAAUGUACAUUUUCACCUACUUUUUAUAUAUAUCAUUCAACUAUACCUACUAUGUAGCACUGCGCCUCUAUAAUUCGCCUGCAUGAUAAUAUCGGCUAAUUUUCUCAACAUCCAACAUGUAGAAUGAUGCGAUUUUUGGAUCCGCCGCUUGUAUCUUGUAUAAAAUUCAUGUCCAACUGAUAAGGUAUACCGGUGAUUUAGCACAUAAUAUCAUUGAAAAUCAUCGUGCCAAUCUGUAAGACUGAAUGACCUCUAUUUUUUAUGAGUCCAAAACACUAACGGUAAGUGAAAAAGUACCAAGUUAUGUCACAAACCAGAGUGGCAUAAUGGAGACAAAAUCAGCUAUCCUGUUACCUAAAAUGAAGUAGAUUAUCUUUACGUGUGUAGAUUUUUAGUCUAACACAUUUACCUACGAGGAAUUUUUGUUCCGGCCGGUUUAACUUCAACAAUUCUUAGUCGGCCCAAUCAAUCCGGUUCUUCUGUUCAUCUCCAGCUCUAAAAAACACAUGUAAUACAUAAUAAAUCUGUACUUCUUGCAUUCAUUCAGCAGUCUAUUAGCCAAAAUUUUCGUUGCAGUGUUAACUUGUUGGUGCUGCUGUUGAGGAGAAAAGUGCACAUGGACCAACUCUGAUAUUUGAAUAGUGCCUUCUAGCAUUCACUGAUACUGAGAGCCUGUAGCGCUCGGAUGCCUUCCUUGCUUGCUUGACGCAAACUACCCCUAGCCUUUAGCUAGCCUAGGCCCGGUUAGCAGCGGCAAUUAUCAUCAUCUCUAAUGUGCACACCGACUGAUACUUUGCGCCAACCUUCAGGCUUGCUACAAACGUAGAAUGCAUCAUUUUUGUUGAAUGUCUCUUCAUUGUUAUAUUAUGUGUAUACUUGUCAAUAAUUAUACUGACUAUACACCCACUAUUUUUUUUUUUUAUCAUUAAUAUUUUUUUUUAACUAUAAACAGAUGAAUAUAAAAAAAAAAGAAA